UGUUUUGACAUGGCAUUUAAAGAACAUUCCCGAGACGGAGGAGAAAGAUGGCGAUCGUUUGGACAAUUGCGAGGGGCAGUGUAUCUGUCUAUUUUUCAAUUUAUUUUUCUGUAUCAAGCGGAGGCACAAAUCCGGUAUUCGAUCCCAGAGGAGAUGAAGAAAGGCUCCCUUGUUGGUAACGUAGCACAAGACCUUGGCUUGGAUCUGAAAAGACUUCGUUCAGGUCGGGCCCGCAUCGUGACCGGAGACAACAUCCAGUACACCGAGCUGAAGGCAGACAAAGGGACUUUAGUUGUCAAUGAGAGAAUAGACCGAGAGCAGCUUUGCGGAGACGUAACGCCGUGUAGCUUUACCUUUGAGAUUUUACUGGAAAACCCCAUGGAGCUGCACCCUGUCACAAUAGAAGUAUUGGACGUAAACGACAACAGUCCCACUUUUGAAAACAGCCAUUUGAAAUUUGAAAUAAGCGAAUCAGCUGUGCUCGGUUCCCGUUUUGUCUUAGAGAGUGCGGACGAUGCUGAUGUUGGCAAAAAUGGUCUGCAGAAUUACAUUUUAACUCCGAACGACAAUUUUGCUUUGAAACAACAUGUCAACCCAGACGGCAGUAAAUAUGCUGAAAUGGUGCUUCAGAAACCAUUAGACAGGGAAGAACAGCCACGCCUGUCUCUAAAACUGUUGGCGGUGGACGGCGGAAAUCCACAGAGAUCGGGUACCGUAAAUAUAGAUGUAAACAUUCUAGAUGCCAAUGAUAAUGCCCCUGUGUUUAAUCAGUCUGUGUAUAAGGCCACGGUAAUUGAAAAUGCCCCUAAAGGCACGUAUGUUGUUACUGUGAAUGCAAGCGACAUAGAUAGCGGUUCAUACGGACAAGUAACUUAUUUCUUGUCCAAAUCAAAAGCAGGAGUAGCUGACUUGUUCGAUAUAGACGAGGCUACUGGAAGAAUAUAUGUGGCAAAGGAAAUUGAUUUCGAAAAAGACAAGAAAAUUGAGUUCCGUGUUGAAGCAAAAGACCAUGGCGGACUGACAGAUUCCUGCAAAGUUGAAGUCGAGGUAAUCGAUGUAAAUGAUAAUGCUCCGGUCAUUAACGUCAUGUCAUUCACGAGUCCUGUGUCAGAAGACUCCCCUGCUGGUACCACCAUUGGAAUAAUUAAUGUUAAAGACCUUGAUUCGGGUGAAAACGGACAAGUAAGGUGCACGAUCGAAGGCAAUGUUCCUUUUAAAAUUAAAUCCAAUGUAAGAAAUUAUUAUGCGUUGAUGACUGAUGCUGCAUUAGAUCGUGAAAAAAUGUCAGAAUGUAACAUCACUGUUAUUGCUUCAGAUGCAGGAUCGCCUCCUCUCUCAAGUAAACGAAACUUUUAUCUUAGGGUCUCCGAUGUCAAUGAUAAUGCUCCAGUAUUUCCAAGAGGCUCUUAUAGUGCAUUCAUCUUAGAGAAUAACUCUCCAGGUGUAUCUGUACUUAGUGUUAAUGCUAAAGACCCGGAUGAAAACCAGAACGCUCGCGUUUCCUAUAUUUUAGAGGAGUGUGACAUCAGCGGAUCUCCUGUUUCUGAAUAUGUUUCUAUAAAUGCAGACAGCGGAGUAAUACACGCAGUGCGCUCAUUUGAUUACGAGCAAAUCAAACAGCUGGUAUUUGCCGUCAGAGCUCAGGAUGGAGGCUCUCCUCCACUCAGCAGCAACGUGACUGUAAAAUUAAUAAUCCAGGACCAGAACGACAACCCUCCUCAGGUGCUGUACCCAGUCCAGACUGGUGGCUCUGUGGUGGCUGAGAUGGUGCCUCGUUCAGCAGAU